UCAGACGCCGAAUUUAUGCGACAGCAAUGACGUAUUUUGCGGCGCGCCCGAUUAGUGUGAAAACAUAUUUCUCUUGAUUAAUAAGUGAAUAAUAGAGUCCCCUACACAAAAAGCAAUUCGUUCAUCCUCUGUCGUGAUUAGAAAAGAGCCCAGAAGUGCCAAAUUCCAAACAUAGCCCGUGUCUCAAUCUCUUACCAGAAUAGUUUUCCGCGUUAGCAAGGAGUUCCGAGCUGAAUACUAGCUAAAACUAAAACCAGCAUUGCGACAAACCCGGCCGCAACUGUUUUCUUUUUAAACUGUCCUAAUUAAAGACUAUAAUGACUCGCCACGGCAAGAAUUGCACAGCUGGAGCCGUCUACACAUACCACGAGAAAAAGAAAGAUACAGCGGCAUCCGGUUAUGGCACGCAGAGCAUUCGCCUGGGUAAAGAUGCCAUCAAAGACUUUGACUGCUGCUGUUUGUCCUUGCAACCCUGUCAGACUCCUGUGGUCACUCCAGAUGGAUUUUUGUAUGAAAAGCAGGCUAUCCUGGAGUACAUUCUGCAUCAGAAGACUGACAUUGCCCGGAAAAUGAAGGCAUAUGAGAAGCAAAAACAAGCUCAGAAGAAUGACAGUCAGCUUGAGUCCAAGUCAGCGGAAAGGGAGAAAGUGGAGAAGUUUAAAACCAGAGAGAACAGCAUCGUAUCCAAACCCAUCAACCCUUUCAUUUCCGGGCAAAGCAAAGUAGGUGAGAAAAUCAGGACAGGCGGCAGCUCAUCAGCAUCCUCCUCCACUGAUUCAGUGGCCUCCUCCAGCCAGAGUCUGCCCAGCUUCUGGGUUCCUUCGCUGACUCCUGAAGCAAAGCCCAACCUUCUCAAGAAACCGAGUAAGACUGUUUUGUGUCCGAUGUCAGGCCGACCAAUUAAGAUGAACGAGCUGAUCACCGUGCGCUUCACCCCGGUAGACCCGAGUCUGGACCGAGUGGCCCUCAUCAAUCGCCAGGACAGAUACAUCUGUGCAGUAACCAAAGACGUCCUAGGCAACAGCGUUCCCUGUGCCGUCCUGCGACCUUCGGGGUGCGUGGUGACACAGGAGUGUGUGGAGAGACUCAUCAAGUUGGACAUGACGGAUCCUGUGAGUGGAGACAAGCUCUCUGACAAUGACAUCAUACCACUGCAGAGGGGAGGAACAGGCUUUGCUGGUGCUGGUGUCGAGCUUAAGGCCAAAGAAGCUCGUCCAGUGAUGCAAGUGUGAAAGAUGACUCUGGUAAUUAGUAUUAUGGUCUCUAAAAAAAGUUUUUGAAGAUUGCAAACAGCCCAAACAUGCCAUUUGUUUCUUUGAUAUCUGAUAUAUUGACCAUUUUUUUGUCUGUUAUUCUAUUCUUCAAAAUCUACAGCAUACUGUUCAUACCAUUUGAAGAGUGUUGUUAUUUUCUUACUGAACCCGCAUAUUCGCCUGCUUAUUGGUCAGUUGAAUAAAUGUGCUCUCCCAAACGUC